AUGCACAUCACGAAUCUUCCAAACGAACUCCUCCACAUUAUAGUCGGACAUCUCUCCUCAGAACCCGACCUCUUCCAUGUCGCCCAGACAGGCCAUCUGCUCAGUCAAAUAGCACUGCUCCGCCUGUACCAGUAUGACGAGGUACAUGGUCGGUAUGGAGGUAUAACGCAGUGGGCAGCAUGCCACGGCCGAGUCGAUAUUCUCCAGCGAGCAGCAACAUGCGGCAUUUCCAUUGCGAAAUUCGAUUUGGCCUGCCACGCUGCAUGUCGUGGUCAUUCAAACGUGUUGGACCUUGUCGCCGCGAGUCGUGGCAACGUGCCAUUCACUUCGGACGAGCUGUCGACGCUUGUUGAAGAAGCUUGUGCCUGGCCACGGCUCGAUAUUCUCACUCGACUGUUUGAAGGUUUUGGCGCUACGAUUAACCCACAACGGCCUUGGGAGUGUUUGGCCAAUGCAACAAGAAGCAAUUGUCUUGCAUGCGUCAAAAUUCUACUCGACCGGGGCGCAGAUCCGGCGCGGAUAGCGACUGAGGAGACGGCGUUGGAGAUAGCCGCGCAAGAAGGUUACGCUGACAUUGCCAAUCUCCUUUUGGAGCAUGGUGCCAAUGUGCAUGACCAAAUGAAUCGACACUUCAGUCCAAUGCACUUGGCGGCGAUGCACGGAAGAGUAGACGUUUUGAUGGUGUUUUUGAGGUAUGGCGCUCAUCCUGGUGUUACAACCGUCGACGGGUCAACUCCGCUUCGUCUCGCGAUUCGGUAUUGCCAAAAUGCCGCGGCUACUUUUCUCAUGAGAGAAACACAGGGCCAUGGAGCCGAUGCGCAAACGCUGUUGAGUGUAAUCCAUAGGGGCAGCGCUGAACUCGUUCAGCUACACCUUCAAGCCGGUGUGCCGGCCGUGCCACCAGCGACAAAACCAAACGAGUCCCUCUUGUACGUCGCUGCGAGGCGUGGAUCGCAUGCUGUUGCAUCCAUGCUGCUUGAUGCUGGCGUCAGUAUCGAAGUUGGCAAUCUUCAGGGCGACACUCCGUUGUUUGCGGCCGUGGAGAAGAAUCAUCCUCAAACUGUCAACCUCCUACUUCGUCGAGGUGCGAACCCCAAUGUGGUGGGAAGUUCUGGGUUGAUGCCUCUCCAUGUGGCAGCUUUGAACGGUCUUUUGGAUAUAACGACUGCACUGUUGAAUCAUGGUGCCAUCUCCGCAGCCGAAACGCCGCACGACAAUGCCACUCCUCUGCAUCUGGCGUGCGCUAGUGGCAACAUCCAGGUCGUCCAGUGUCUGUUGCAGCGCAGACACAGGAUUGAAUCCGUGGCCAAGGGAAAUGGGAUCUCAUGUCUGCACAUGGCUGCUCUGUGUGGUCACCUAUCCCUUACGCAGUGGCUACUCCGAACCCCAGCCGGAGCCGAAUUACUAAACUCACGGGACCACACUGGCCGAACACCGCUGUUCAUUGCUGCGAGAGACGGAAAAGACAAGAUUGUAAAGGAGUUGCUCGCCUCUAGGGCAAAUACGCGCAGGGCGAAUUAUUUUGGUUCAAUGCCAGUUUUCGCAGCCGUCAGAAAUGGACAUAGUGGGAUAACGGAGGAUCUCUUGGCGGUUGACCCAUGGCUGUUUGAUUCCAAGGAUAGAGUUUACGGAAGUCAUAGUCUGUGGUAUUGGGCCAAUCGCUGCGGUAGCUCGCGCCUCAUCAAUUUGCUAAGACGAUUCGCCAGGGAGUAUGGCAAGGAAGAGCCUCGGGAUGCUCAAGAUGUAACGGCUGUGGGCGAACCGAGCAGUGCUAGGACAUCCAAGCGUCCUUGCGAUGUUUGCGCACGUCGAUUCAAUUUUGAUACUGCGACACGUUGUACAAUCUGCUGUGGCGGCGAGUUUUACAUGUGUGUUGAGUGUACGUCCAAUGCGAGCUGCCUCGAUGCAUCUCAUCCACAGCAGUCGGCGGUUUGGGUCCCAAAUCCGACUAAAUAUAUCGCGGAUAAGUACAAGGACUAUAUGCGCGUAUCGAACGCCUAG